AUGGGCGGGAUGAAGCUCCCCAUCGGCAUGACUCGCCGGGCGCUCAGUUACGAUGACAACCUGGAGGCGCCUAUGUCCACCCCCCCGCACGACAUGAACAUCACCAAUCUUUGGAGGCGCCCUGUUGUGCCCGAGAGGAAGUUUAAUCAACUGGCUGAGGAAGACGAAGGUGUUGCUUUGCGUCAUUCUAACAUGUACGAUAGCGCACCAUCAAGGCCCACGAGUGUGGUGAAGACCAAAGCUUCCUCCCUCAUCCUCAACUCUCUCAUCACCAAGCAGACUCAUGACAGCAUGUACAAAUUUGAGCAGAAGGCGGGGCUGACCGACACCAGCUACACACCCCACAAAGGUCUCACUGCAGAUGAGACAAGACACCACCACCGUAUGCCAGAAUCCUUCCAGAAAAUGCAGAUCCAGAGCAUGGAGGCUCGGGAGGAGCGUCAUAACUCAUCAGCCCAGUCCACGCCAUCCACCACACCGCACACCUCACCUAAACAUCAGCGCAGGAGCUGGUUCAGUAGCACCAGCUCAGACGUCAGCGUGAGUUCCUCCAACAGCAGCGUGGACUUGGUAGGAGGUGACGGAGGAGGAGGCAUGCUGGAGCGCUGGGGCGUGUUUGGGCCACGGCCACUCGUGCACAAGUCCACCUCCGACCCUGCAGGCUUUGCGCUGCAGGUGUACCGUGGCAACAAGGCCAGCGCCGCAGAGGCAGCGAAGUCACAGACGGCCACCCGACUUGCUGACGGCCCCGACGCCCAGAAGGCAGCCGCCCCACCUAAGAUGGAGAUCCCGACAGUGGACGGGCGUCGGCAGGGCGCUCGUCCGCACAAGCUCAAGCCACGCGACAUGAACAUCCUGACACCUUCUGGUUUUUAG